CACACAAUGGUCAAAGGUUAUUUUUGCACAUUCCUAACAACACAACCUGUGGAUCUGGAACGGAGCUGAGCUGUGUGAUCAUCCAAACUUGAAUUUACAGCGUAAAGUUCUUGCAUUCUUGCUGUACCAGCCCUCAAGAUGUCACCUGUUAUAGCUCGUCUGGUGGAAUGUGUGCCAAAUUUUUCAGAAGGACAAACCAAGGAGAUCAUUGAUGCCAUCAGCAGUGCCGUAGCCCAGACCCCGGGAUGUCAGCUCCUAGAUGUAGAUCCUGGUCCUUCCACCAACCGUACGGUCUACACCUUCGUGGGCUCACCUGCGUCUGUCGUAGAGGGCGCUCUCAACAUGGCGCGGGUUGCUAGGAGUCUGAUUGACAUGAGAAUCCAUGAGGGUGAGCAUCCGCGUAUGGGAGCGUUGGACGUGUGUCCUUUCAUUCCUAUCAGUGGAGUUACCAUGGAGGAAUGUGACCUAUGUGCCGUAGAGUUUGGGCGAAGAUUAGGAGAAGAGCUUCAAGUACCUGUGUACCUGUACGCUUUCUCCGCUAGGGAGGAGAAGAGACAAAAGUUGCCUAGCAUCAGAGCAGGAGAGUAUGAAGGAUUGGAGAAAAAGCUUGCAGACCCUGAAUGGAAGCCCGAUUUCGGUCCGACAGAGUUUGUCCCAACCUGGGGCGCCACAGCGACGGGGGCUCGUAAAUUCUUGAUUGCUAUGAACGUGAACGUCCUGGGGACCAAAGAGCAGUCGCAUCGUAUUGCAUUGGACAUCAGGGAACAGGGGAGAGGGACAGACCAGCCCGGAUCACUGAAAUCAGUUCAAGCGAUUGGUUGGUGGCUGGAUGAGUAUAACCUUGCUCAGGUGUCCAUGAAUCUCACCGACAUUGACCAGACUCCCAUGCAUGUUGCCUAUGAAGAAUGUCUAGCAAGAUCUAAGGUAACCAAGGUUGGCCUGUGUGGGUCCCAGCUGGUCGGUCUGGUGCCUCUGGCAGCCAUCAUGGAGGCCGCUGCGUACUACAUGGAGAAAGAGAAUCUUUUCAUUAUGGAGGACUCACAAAAAGUCAGACUGGUUGUUGAUCGCCUUGGUCUCAGUUCACUGGAACCGUUCAAUCCGAGAGAAAAGAUCAUUGAGUACAUGGUUGAAAGUGUUAGUGAUGGACCACUUACCUCCAUGGCCCUCAAGUCUUUCAUCCUGAAUGUCGGAGCAAGGUCACCUGCCCCAGGAGGAGGAUCAGUUGCGGCAGCCAUUGGCGCUAUGGGAGCAGCGCUCGGUACCAUGGUAGGCUGGCUGUCGUUCGGAAACAAGAAGUUUGAGGCUCUGGACUCCACCAUGAGAAAGCUCAUUCCUCCACUGAAAGAAGCCAUGCACGACCUCCUCCCCAUGAUAGAUGCAGAUACGGCAGCAUUCUCUGCUUACAUGGGUGCUAUGAAGCUCCCUAAAGGCAGUGAUGAAGAGAAAGCUAUUCGAGACGAGACCAUGAAAGCGGCCAUGAAAGACUCGGUCGCCGUCCCGAUGAAUGUCGCCAUCACAGUCAAUGCAUGCUGGGAUACAAUGAAGGAGAUGGCCCGCUACGGCAACAUACAGUGCAAAUCCGAUAUUCAGGUUGGUUCUAAAGCAAUGGAGCUAGCAGUGUGGGGCGCUUAUUACAAUGUGAUGACCAAUCUGCCUAAUAUCUCUGAUGAGGUAUAUCGAGAGAAGGCCAAAGAAGACAUUGGGACUUUCCUGAAGGUAGCGCAAGAUGCCGCCAGUGAUGUCUUAGAGAUUGUUGCCGACCGCACCGAGUGAAUUGGUGAUCAUGAUGCUUAGCCGUGACCUAAUCAGUCACGGACAAAGUUUCCCCCAUGUUUAGAUGAGUUAUAUAGCUGAAUGAAGUGCCCCUUGUGUAGGUUUGGACCAAAGCUUUGUCUUUGCAUUGACUAUGUGUGUGAGCCCUGCGUUAAUGGAGUUUUAGCUGUCAUUUUUCUGAUGUAGAAUUAAAUCACAUAUUAUAAAAUUAUUAUGGCCACCAAGUGGUCACUCCCUGACUUAAAAUUGUAAUCUUAAAGCGAGGAAUUUGUUUUUAUGUUUUUUCAAGAAUUUGAAAAUAAAACUGCAUUGAGUCCUCUGUCUGUGAAGUGGUAAAAAAGGUAUUGUCCUCUGCACUGUUGGCAAGUUAACCAUGAGAUGGCGCUUUGCAAUAAACAGUACGUUCGGGCAGAAAGUCGAUCAGUUCAAUAUUGCUUAAAAAGAAAAGAUAUGGCGGAAAGGUGAUUUUUACUUAAUUUGGUGUCAUUGAAAUCCUUUGCAGACAGAUUAGAUGAGUCACUAAGCACAUUGCUUGGUUUCUGUGACUCAAAAUUCAGUGUGGAAUUAUUAUGAUAGCAGUGAACCAAGAAAGUACAGUAAUUUAUAUUUUGCAGUGUCUCGUGCAGGGUUUUCAUGUAUUUAGUAUACAGUAGGUUUUUGUGCCGAAAAAUUAAGUAAUAAUUUCAAUACUCCAUCCAUUACUCUUGUCCAUCCUGCGCAUGUAGAAGUGUUGUGCCUUACUGCUGUAUUAUCAUGUCAUUUUUGUAUUAAAAAACGUCUUUCACUCUCUGCGAUAUACAAUAAGAUUAUAUAUGGCUAUUGAAAUAUAUACACUCUAUAUAGAAUAUUCAUGUACAACUUCCUAACUCUCUUUAUCUCAUCAGCACAGUCAUCACCUUAAUCACUCUAUUUACCAUAUCUCAUAUCAUCUUCUCAUAUAUAUUUUUCACUCCCAUCCCCAACAUCAUAUUUGUAUAUAUAUGUAGGAAUUUUUCAGAUUCAUAAAGGAUUACCAUGCUUCAAGCUUAGCUUAUGUGGCAAUCCUUCUUUAUGAUGUUAGUAUUACAAUGUAAGUAUUUUUAUGUGGAUGAUGUAUUAAUUAUAAGAUUUGUUUACUAUCAUGAUCAUGUUGUAAUUAGUUUGUAACUUUGGAAAAAGACCAUGAAGAGAAAAAAAAAAAAUAAUCAAAUAAAUCAAAUCGGUACUUGUCUAAAAGAAGAUAGAAUAAGAGGGGAGAGCCCAUUUCACAAAACUUGAGUCUGAUUGAAAUUCUUGACUCAAUAGUUCUUUAAUUUAUCUGAAUUAAUUCUGAAUAAUGGAAAAAAAAAGUGUCCAAAAAUACUUGAUUCAAAUGGUUUCCAACGGGUUAACAUUGAAAGGCUAGGGCUGUAUAGAUGCAUGGCCCUCGGGAAGAAAA